GCACUUCUCCAUCCAGAGGGACAACUUGUACUGAGCAGCAGAUGUUACACAGCUUUAUGUACUAACGUGGAUUAUUCAGGAGACUGCUAUGAAGACAGAGUGGAGCCACAGAAAACCUGCUUGUAAAACUGAAGUAAUGCACACGAUUGUGCAGUUGUCCGUACAAUGAAAUAAGCUAACGGUGUAUUCCUGAAUGAAACACUGGGACCAAAAGUCUUUUUUGUGCAGUAGUGAAACACAUUCUUCCAGGAGGUGAAGGCUCAGCUGAUGCUCGCUCCUACACAGUGAAAGAACUGAAAUGAUUUACUGGACAACUUUUAAGAUUUUGUAGUUCAUGUACAUUUCCAAAUAUCACCGUUUUUUGUGUUCAAAUCCGAUUUUACGUUAUCUGUUUGUUACCCUAACUGUUGCAAAAUGAAGAAUCCCCUUCCUCUGAGUAAUAUGUGGAACAGACCUGAUAACAAAGACCCACAGCAGGUCUCUGUGCCUAGCACUAACAAGAAGUUCAAGAGGAAGUCCCGCGAACCUAAAAGGUUUUUCAAUGGCCCCGAGCCCGACAGGAUGAACACCUACACAGUUGACGUGACUGAUGCAGACUGGGUAGAUGACGCCCAUAUGGAGUCGCAUAAUGUCCACAAGCUGGCUCCACUCAAGAGACACCUGAUGAUGUCACAAGAGCCGAUGGCCAGUACCACGGGGAUUCUGUCAGGAUUAAAAGAAGACAUGGCUGCAGCUCAGAGUGGUGGUGCCAUAGAUAUGAGAAUUGGCAGUAAUGUGCCUGUUGAUGCUUCCAAAGUUUCCCAGGUGCCCACCUCCUCAUUCUCUAACCCAGAGAUCUCCCACUGGCCCACCUCCAUCUCCCAGCCUCUGUCCAGCAGACUAAAACUGGGCCUUCAGUCGAUAUUCCCUCCUUCAACAUCAACCUGCAACUCAGCCAGUCACCAGGUGUUUUCCUUAGAGGCGCCUCCCGGCCAGUCUGCCGCCAGAGUCUCACAGUCCUCCGAGUGUCACGAACAUAUGGAUCCACAGGUCCCUUCGCACAAGGAGUCUCUGAGGAAGCGGAUUGGCUUGAGUCCUGAUGGAUCUGGGCAUCUUCCAGAAGUCAAAGCCAUCCAGCAGACCAGGAGGCUGCUAGCAAACGCCAGGGAGAGGACCCGUGUCCAUACCAUCAGUGCUGCAUUCGAGGCUCUGAGGAAACAGGUGCCGUGUUACUCGUACGGGCAGAAGCUCUCCAAGCUGGCGAUCCUACGUAUAGCCUGCAAUUACAUCCUGUCUCUGGCUCAGCUCGCGGAGCUGGACUACAGUUCAGAUCACAGCAGCGUGAGCUUCUCUCAGUGUGUUGAACAGUGCACACGGACCCUGCAGGCCGAGGGAAGGAGCAAGAAGAGGAAGGUUGGAAGAAUGCCCGAGGAUGUUUGAUGUUUUGAGACUACUGCUACCAGAAUCACCUCCUCCCACUGCACGAUCACACAGCCAGCCUCAGGCCACACUCUACUGUUGCACUGUGUAGAACGAAAAAAGCAUGAAACAGUAGCAUUUACUGUAAAAACAAAGAGGCUCAUGUCAUUCAGAUUCAAUUUAGAUUUCCUGAGAAAUAGCUGAUAAUGUUUCCUGGUGGACAGAAGGAUGAUCAGGAUGACAACUAAGAAUUAAUAAUAGAUAGUAGUGUUUACAAGUAUGUGAACAAUGAUCAUCCUAACUUUGCUUAAUUUACCCGACAUGGCAGUUACCUAAAUAUUUAACCAAUAAUAUGACAAAGUUUACAUAAAUCUAGGUUUUUUUUUGCUACUCUCUGUUCUGUAUAUCAAUUUAAGCAACAUUACUAAACAUCUUGAUUUCUUGUAUGAAUUCAACAUUAAAUGUGAACGAUGCUAAAACUAAGGUACAAAUCCUAAGGUGAGAGAAAGUAUGAAUGAAAGGCCAUACAGAUUUGGAAUUAAAAUAAAUACCUUCAAUAAAUAAAUGAUAUAUUCCAACCCCA